AUGGCACCCGUCACUCUCCCUCCCUCAUUCUACAAUUCCUUCUGGUCACCAGACUACAGAUCAGGUCUGGAGAAACUAUUCAGAGCAUUGGAACAAGGAUGUCUGGAGGAUGAUGAUGUAGAAUCAUUCAUCGAUUCCCAAAUCAAAUCCCACCUUAUCCUCUCCCAAUCCCUCCUUAAUCCACCUCUUCCCACCGUCUCGCCCGAAUCUUCUUCCUCGCUCCAACAUACACUCCUAUCCCUCCGAGGAGCCUCGUCAGCCCGUGGAGAAGCCCAUCGCGCACUUGCACAAGAACUAGAUCAAAGGGUGUUGAGUGGGUUCAGGAAUUGGAAAGAACGUCAUGAAGUGAGGGUGAAGGAGGCUAGAGCGGAUAUGUUGGGUAAAGGGGGUGUAGUGGGAGUUUGGGAGAAGGAGAAUGGGAAGCUAGGUCAACUUCACCAAACAUACGUGAACAAAUCCCGUGCUGCCGAUGAUAGCGAGGACGAUGCCAAAUUCGCUCCUGCCACCGCUCGUUCCCCUCCGCCCGACAACUACACCUCUUCACCCAAAGUUCAUCAUAAAAGCUCCAGCACCAACCUCCGUCGUGCAGGGACAGUAGCUGACCGAAUUUCAGAGAAGUUGCGAGCAGCUUCAGUCCAAAGCUCGCCUCCAGGAAUACAAUCCAGUCCAUCUAGACACCGACCUGUCCUUUCAAUCGAUGGAAAGGAACUGCCACCCCCUCCCAGUCCUUUACGACCCGUCAUCAGCAGUCCCGUUGGGAUCGCUAGCCCAACCAGUCCAACCAGAGAAGAACGAUUUGUUCCUCCAACCGAUCCAGAUGGCAAACCAUUUAUCCAUUCUUCCUCCGGUGGGCCACCAGUUCCAUCAAAGGCUGGUCCAUUUUCACCUUCCACCUCCACCAAUGCCAGGGAAGAACCAAUCUUAUUAUCAGGCUUAUCUCUGACCCCUCAAGCACUGAAAGACCUCUUACAGCGAUUUGAUGCCUACUUACAGAGAAGUACCAUCUUAGGCACGUACGAAAAAACAUUUUCGGGUGAAGAGAUUGUAGAAUGGUUGAAAGAGAAUGUCGAAGGUUUCGGAGGGGAUUGGGAAAGAUGUGUAGAAGCUUCAAGUGAACUAUACAAACUGGGUUACUUUUCAAGGAUAGGUGUAGGCAGAGGAUUCGAUUCUUCCGAAGAUACUUAUUUCGUGUUGAAAACUCAACAACAGCAAUCUGGACAAUCUCAUCUACCAGGUGGGAUAUCGAUCAAUCAAGCCAAUGAAGCUUUAGCUUCCAUCGGUAUCAAUACUCCCCUCUCACCUUCGACUGCUACCAACGCCCUGCCAAGUUUGCUCAAAUCUUAUCUACCCGCUUCUCUUGGUAACUCGGAUGAACCUCAACAUGUCAGAUUGAGGAAGGAGGCUAACAAAGCUGAUGAUGCGUAUAAAGAAGGUAUAAGAACCGCUGAAGAGAGAAGACUGGAGAUGGAAGAAUCUAUAGAGAGGGGAUUGAGAUUAUGGGAAAGAUGGGAAAGAGAGAGAUUGUUGGCUGUGAAGACAGUUCUGAAGCAUUAUGACGAAGCUUUGGCUAAGUUACCUCAGAAAUUGAAGGAACUACAACAGGGUACUUCGUUAGGUGUUGAAGCGUUUAAUCCUGAAGCAGACAUCAAAGCUCUGAUCGAAGGUAAUCGAACUGGACCUUUCCGACCCCACCCACACAUCUACGAGUCGCUUGAAACAGACAUCCCCGAUGUCAACUUCGGUAUCGACCUGCGAAGGUGGUCGGGCGAACACGGGUGGAAAUCACUUGUUUCUGCCCCUCCUAGACCCAGAGGUGCGAUACCUGAGGCUUUAGAAGCUUUGUUGAAAGCUUUGACGGAGAUGUACGAAGGUGUCCCUGACGAUGAACGACGAAGAUCAUGGAUUUACGAAGUACCACUUAACGAAACCCACAUGCUUAGAAAUGCUAUCAACAACCCUCAAAUCCCUCUUGAAGAUCUCAUUACUAUAAUUAAGAAAUUCAACUUGCCCAUCGCAGCUGGUGCUGUCAAACUUUACUUGUUGGAGCUUAAUCCACCUGUGUUAGGAUGGGAAGGUUGGGAAGAUGCGAAAGCCGUUUAUCCUGCUAUCGGAGCGGAUCAAGAGAGAGAUAUGACUAGUGCUGUAUCAUCUGUACUGGGUAGAUUACCUGGAUCUCAGCUGUAUGUGCUGGACGCUGUUAUCAAGCAUUUCAGGGAUCUGGUUGACAAUACCAAGAGCGCCGAAACCAACGAAGUAUACGUAACAAAACUUGCCUUAUCAGUGGGAAGAACUGUUCUGAGACCUCAAUACGAAAACGACUUGACCAUUGGCGACCGAACUCCAUCACUAUUCCUUGCCGAUCUCAUCAACCACUACUCCGCCUUGUUCCCCUCUUUGAUAGAGAAGAAGAAGAAAGAGGCUGAUCGAAUCAUGCCUGUACGCAAGAGAACAGCAUUAGUAGAUCAAAGGAUCUCAAGAUCCUCUCUGAGCGGCGAGAAAGAUCCUCAGCAUCUCUUGGAAAUACAACAUUCCCUUCAACACCCUCAAAGGGCUGUAUCACCCAGCCCGAUAGGUAAGAACGAGGCACCUACUCAUCUUGGUUCUGCACUGGGCUUCGGUCCACCUUUGGAAGACCUCAAGAAUGAUAGUAGAAACUUCACCAGCGCCGAAAAAGGUAAAGAGAAAGAGCAGAAUGUGCGAGUCGUCUCUCCCUUACCUCCACCUGAAUCACCCGUAGCCCCUCCUGCUAUACAAGAGAAAGAUGAAGAUCGACCACCAAUGUUCAAGGAACCUGAAUCUGAUUCACGACCCACGACACCCACUGAAGGUUUCGUACCUCCCUCCACUGCCUCCUAUCAACCUCAAAAUUCGGAUACUCGAUCGUCCUCCCCAACAGAGUCUUUCGUACCGCCCACUUCUGCUACUGCCGAGGACAGAGUACCCACUCCACCUGCCGUUAAAGAUAUAGUUACUGAGGAUGGGGUGAUCGGAGGUGGAUCCGGUUCGGGGGGAUUGAAGAGAGCUACGUCGGGUGAAGCAUCUAGACUGAGAGGACCGAGAGGAGCGAGAGGUCCUCGACCUGCAGGAGGGAGAGUCCCCUCUCACACCGGUGGUGCCCCUAGUAUAUCAGCCAUAGUCACCUCUUACGCGGACGAAAGACCCGAAUCACCCAGUACGAACCCACCUGAAAGUGCAACCGGAUCAGGUUCGGCAAGGAGCCGAGAACCUAGUAGACCUAGCUCUCCGGCUGUUGGCACGCCCACUUCUGCUCCGGGAUCGAACGAUGGUGGAGCGGGGUUAAAGAGAGCUAGUAGGACUAACUUCGGUCAUGGUACGAGGGGUAGUGUUAGUGCGAUGGCAGCUAGAUUCGAGAAUAAGCAAUAG